CCCCUCUUUCUCCAGUCUCCCCUCUGAACCUCGGCUGCUGCAUAGACGACGACGUGGGGGAGUGUGUGUUGUGGAGUGGUAAUCGCUGUGUCCUCUAGAGUACAUUGCAUAGAUGGAUGGCUAGAGGCACAUCGAGUCUCGUCUCGUCUCGUCUUCACUCCUUUACCGUCUUACCGGACGCUCGACGCGGCGCGGCAGUCGCGACAUCGUGGCCAUCCACCUCCCUCUGUACCUUACAAAGACGUUCCCUACGCCGGGCAAUUCGAGCCUCCAAGUUGCGGAUCGCGAUCGAGCAUCCUAUGAAUAGGCUAGCCUGGAACCCCUUCAUAGAAGAUACUAGACCAGCGUGCGCCACCCGAGACGUUGUCCUCACACAACAAUGAUGCUCUCCAACUUCCUCCCCGCGGACUCCCCGCUCAACGAUCCGCUCAUUACCUACUCCCUCUGCGGCUCUCUCCUGAUCCAACACGGUCUCUUCCACCUCCUCUCCGCUACCAUCUUCUCCGGCUCAGCCCUGGCUCAGCUCAAGAAACGCUGCUGGAUCCUUACCACUUUCAAUGCCGGCGUCACCACCCUCGCCGCUCUACCCUAUCUCUGGGACUUCUUCAGCCAUGGUCUCGACUUUGGAGCCAUCCAGCCAAGGAGACCAUUCACGCAUGCCAUGUGCUCCUUCUUUGUGGUUUAUCUCGCUUCGGAUCUCGGAUUGGGGAGUAUCUACUAUCGGAAGUUGAUCAACUUCUCCUCAGGUUGGGCGCAUCACACCGUAUACCUGGUGCUGUUUACAUUUUGGGUACACAAGGGGUGGGGUCAUAUCGCUGUAAUGGCCUGCGUAUUCGAGCUUCCCACCUUCAUCAUGGGCAUUGCCUCUCUGCAUCCACCUCUGCGGUCCAACAUUGCCUUCACCUCUACCUUCUUCCUCACACGCGUCUUCUUCCACAUCGCCCUCCUUGCCGCAUCCGUCACCGAACACGGUCGAUCGGCUCCACGCAUAAAUGGAUCACUAGGUCCUUGCAUAUCGAUUGCAGUCACACUUCCUAUGCACCUCUGGUGGGGGUGGAAGUGCAUCCUCUCUGUCCGGAGACGGAUGGCCAAGCGAAAGCUGGCAGCAAAGGCAGAGCGAGAAAAGCAGGCCAACGAGUUUGCCAAUAUCGCUGCUCAGGCCUUCAAUGGUUUCCAAGCCCCUAACCUCUCCAGUGCGGUCAAUACGCCGCUGCCCACGCCUGGUCCAAGCCCCGUACUCAGUGCCACUAGGUUGAUCGAUUCCGGCACUAGCGCAUUCGCAAAGGCUGCGGCUGCUGGAAAGCGACCUAUGAAUCUCGUACUGGGGCGAACAAAGUCUGCAAGCGCCAUCGACUCGAUUCCAAUGCUGGACGCUUCGCCGCAAGUCUCUGCAGAUCCGUCCCUCCUGCAAGUCCCCGUACGUCCAGGUCUCCAGCGACGGCGGACCUCGGCAGACGCAGUACGCCAAGCGCGCCAUCUCACCGCGCCUGUCCCGCCAGAGGGCGCCACGGACGAGUCUCGAGAGCCCUUUCUGGCAAUUCGUUCAGCGGCAGAAGCUCGAGAUCGAGCUCGACGUCUUGUGGCGGAUGCGGUGAGACGAUUGUGGGUUGGUGCACCAGACUCGUGGAGACGUCAAUUCGAGGAAGAGGCACUACAGAUGGAGCUCCGUCGAGCGCCUAGAAGGGUUGGCGUGUCCCUUGGAGAGAUGUCGGAGAGGAGCGAUACGGAAGUGGACACCCCUCCCAGCGAUGAGGGCGAGGAUCGUCAAUUGGUGAGGACGGCGGCAGAGCAGCGUAGUCGCGCCCAAAAGGCACGGGCUAUGCUCCGUCGCGGAGUGUUGCGAGCGGUACGCAGGGCGAUCAACGGCAAGACCGACAGCGGGACGCUGACAGACGGGUACAGUCAGAGCGACGAUGAAGCGCUCGCACGUACCAGGAGCGAGACGGACCGGGCUCUGAGCAACUUGGACCUGACUAGUGUAUUCAAGCUGUCUGGACUGCCUCUGCCCCCGGAUCUGGUGGGUGAUCCAUACGAAGUGCGGCCGUUGAAUGUGGAGAAGAAGGAGGGAGAGAGGAGGAGACGAUUUGUGGGAGAUUUGCGUCGCAAGAUGGAAGUCAGAGCUAGAGACGUCGUCGUGUGGGACGAUUGAGGGGCAAAGUUUGAGGGAGAGGGAGCUCCUUUGGCGCGCAGGGCAGUGGCCUUUCAUUUCACACAUAUACCAUGCAUUGCUCUAGUAUCCUACUUUCUUGCUAUACCACGCUAUCAAGCUC